AUGUUCCGAAGUGUCCUGCGUGGUCGAAGUCUUUGUGCAGGCGUAGCUGCAGGCGCUGCCGCAGGCACGGCAGGGCUGGCACUUUGGGCACCUCAAGAAAGAAAGCACAAAGUGGCGCCUACGGUGCCGGUACGCUGUGAGACAGACCCUGCUGCCCUGGGUGCCGCCGUGCUUGGAGGAUUGGCCGCAGGUGCCGUUGGUGGGUACUUCUUUGGCAAAAGCCAGGGCGAGGCUUCGACGGAGCGGUACGAGAAGUACUGGCCUCGGAAGAUCAUGAUGCUCUUUGGUGCUCCUGGGGCUGGCAAAGGCACCCAGGGACCGAAGAUUGUCGACACGCUGAAUGUUCCACAGCUCAGCACCGGCGACAUGCUUCGUGAGGCCGUGGCAGCCGGAACGGAAGUUGGCAAGAAAGCCAAAGCGAUCAUGAGCUCGGGGGGAUUGGUCUCUGAUGAUAUCGUGAUCGGAAUCAUUGCAGACAGAAUCAAGCAGCCAGACUGCAAAACAGGCUUUAUCCUAGAUGGCUUUCCCAGGACACUUGCUCAGGCAAAGGCGCUGGACUCCAUGCUGGCAAAGAGUGGAGAGAAUGUGUCGCUCAUCUUGGAGUUCGCAGUAGAUCCAAAGAUGUUGGAAGAGCGAAUCUGCGGACGAUGGAUGCACAAGAGCAGCGGCCGCUCCUACCAUGUUCGUUCGUGCCCGCCGAAAUCGAUGAAGCUGGGUGCUGAUGGCAAGCCUGUGCCGGAGACAAUGAAGGAUGACAUCACCGGCGAACCAUUGUACCAGCGGUCGGACGACACAGCGGAGGCAUUGAAGACCCGCCUGGAUGCCUACAAGAACCAGACCCUCCCAAUUUUGGAGCACUACAAGGACAAGGGCAUCGUCAAACAAGUGGACGGAGGCAAGGGGAUCACUGAAGUUUGGGCAGAGGUUAGCGCGAAGCUGGUAUCCAAGUAG